AUGGGCGUGCGUUUACUCGUCCGCCUGCAAUCCUAUAUAGAACCCUUAUGGCUUCUCAGCAUCUCCAUCGCUUAUCUUCCUAUCACAGUCUUAUUCCACCCGUUUCUAUUCAUCAUCUCUCCUUCCUCCUUCCGGUCAAAGUGGUUCGAGAACUUCUGGCGGGUAAUUGGGCCCAAGAUGGCCGCUUCAGAAGUCCAAGUCGACCACAUCGAGGAACUCCUAUCACGAGCACGUGGAACAGUCCUUGAGCUCGGUCCCGGAGGCGGCGAUCAAAUGUACCAUUACAAGUCGGCGCAGAUCGAAAAGUUGUACGGCGCCGAGCCAAAUGCAUUUCUGCAUCCCAGAUUAGUUGAAGCAGCACAGAAACACGGGCUAGGAGGGAACCUCGAACUUCUAGAAGCGGGCGCGCAACCAGGAAGUCUUCUCCCGGCAUUGCAGGUAGCAGGUCUCAUUCCCAGCACGGCAUCAAGUUUACCGGAAGGAGGCAUUUUCGACAGCAUCAUCGCCAUCAAGUCUUUGUGCUCGACACCGCAAAACCAAAUCGCUGCAACAGUUGCUGUUGUGCAGGCUUUGCUCAAACCAGGAGGCGAGUUCUUGUUCUUCGAACAUGUGGAGAACAACACGGAUAGCAUGACUAUGAUGUAUGCUUGGGUUGUAGACUGGAUCUGGCCGCUUUUCAUGGGAGGAUGUCGAUUGAAUGGGAGGGUUGAUAAAGUGGUCCUUGGCAUGGGUGGUUGGGAUGAGAGGAGUAUUGCUACUAUUGGAGAUUUCAAGGGUCAUGAGGGCUUUGGGCUAACAUUGUGGGUCACCAAGGUGUUCAGAUACGUCAAGGGCAUUUGCCGGAAGGCCUGA